GGGCUGCUGUGGCCUGAUCCAGCUUCCCUUGAUCACUGAUAACUUCUGAAGGAGCUGAAGAAAUGUGCUUCCUGCCUUCUCCCUAUUGGUGCUUCUACUUGGGUUAGCCUGGGGUGCAGUCUGUGGGGGCAGCUCCUAAAUGUCUAGGCACCUUUAAGCACCUUCAUUGGUUUAUGACCCAGACUUUGCCCCACUGGCUCAGUCUUUGAAACUCCUCCUCCCUGGACCCUGCUCCAGACACUUUAAAUCCAGGAGAGAAAAAUGUGUUGAGACUGCCUGGGGAACAACAUCUGCUCCUAGCCAAGAUUACCCCAUCACAAAAGUAAUGUGGGCCAUGGAGCCAGGCCAUCUUCUAUGGGCUCUGCUGUUCGUGCAACCCUUGUGGCCCCGACUGACUGAUGGGGCCACUAGAGUCUACUAUCUGGGCAUCCAGGACGUGCAGUGGAACUAUGCUCCUAAGGGAAGGAAUGUCAUCACGAACCAGCCUCUGGACAGUGACACAGUAGCUUCCAACUUCCUGAAGUCUGACAAGAACCGAAUAGGGAGCAGCUACAAGAAGACCAUCUACAAGGAAUACAGGGAUGGUUCAUACAUGGAUGAAAUGGUUCAGCCAGCCUGGCUGGGCUUCCUGGGGCCAGUGUUGAAGGCUGAGGUGGGAGAUAUUAUUCUUAUCCACCUGAAGAAUUUUGCCACUCGUCCCUACACAAUCCACCCCCAUGGUGUUUUCUAUGAGAAAGACUCAGAAGGAUCCUUAUAUCCAGAUGGUUCCUCUGGUUGGCUGAAAGCUGAUGACUCUGUUCCCCCGGGAGGCAGCCACAUCUACAACUGGACCAUUCCAGAAGGCCAUGCACCCACUGAUGCUGACCCAGCGUGCCUCACCUGGAUCUAUCAUUCUCACGUAGAUGCUCCACGAGACAUUGCUACUGGCCUUAUUGGACCCCUUAUAACCUGUAAAAGAGGAACCCUGGAUGGGAAUUUCCCUCCUCAGCGGCAGGAUGUGGACAAUGAUUUCUUCCUCCUCUUUAGUGUGAUAGAUGAGAACCUUAGCUGGCAUAUCAAUGAGAACAUUGCCACUUAUUGCUCAGACCCUGCCUCAGUUGACAUAGAAGAUGAGACCUUUCAGGAGAGCAAUAGGAUGCAUGCAAUCAAUGGCUUUGUCUUUGGAAACUUACCAGAUCUGAGCAUGUGUGCACAGAAGCGUGUGGCCUGGCACUUGUUUGGCAUGGGCAACGAGGUAGAUGUCCACACAGCUUUCUUCCAUGGACAGAUGCUGACCAUCCGAGGCCACCGUACUGAUGUGGCUCAUAUCUUUCCAGCCACUUUUGUGACUGCUGAGAUGGUACCCCGGGAACCUGGCACCUGGUUAAUUAGCUGUCAAGUGAAUAGUCACUUGCAAGAUGGCAUGCAAGCACUCUACAAGAUCAAGUCUUGCUCCAUGGCACCUCCCAUGAACCUACUCACAGGCAAAGUCCGGCAGUACUUCAUUGAGGCCCAUGAGAUUCAAUGGGACUACGGCCCAAUGGGGCAUGAUGGGAGUACGGGGAAGAAUUUGAGGGAGCCAGGCAGUGGCUCAGAUAAAUUCUUCCAGAAGAGCUCCAGCCGAAUCGGGGGUACUUACUGGAAAGUUCGAUAUGAAGCCUUCCAAGAUGAGACAUUCCAGGAAAAGGUGCAGCUGGAGGAAGAUAAGCAUCUUGGAAUCCUGGGGCCAGUGAUCCGGGCUGAGGUGGGUGACACCAUCCAGGUGAUCUUCUACAACCGUGCCUCCCAGCCAUUCAGCAUACAGCCUCAUGGGGUCUUUUAUGAGAAAGACUCCGAGGGAACUGUGUACAAUGAUGGCUCAUCCCACCCUGGGUUGGUGGCUAAGCCCUUUGAGAAAGUAACAUACCGCUGGACAGUCCCUCCCAAUGCUGGCCCCACUGCUCAGGAUCCUGCCUGUCUCACCUGGAUGUACUUCUCUGCUGCUGAUCCCAUAAGAGAUACAAAUUCUGGUCUGGUGGGCCCCCUGCUUGUGUGCAAGGCUGGUGCCUUGGGUGCAGAUGGCAAGCAGAAAGGAGUGGAUAAAGAAUUCUUUCUCCUUUUCACUGUGUUGGAUGAGAACAAGAGCUGGUACAGCAAUGCCAAUCAAGCAGCUGCUAUGUUGGAUUCCCGACUGAUCUCAGAGGAUUUCAAGGGUUUCCAAGACUCUAAUCGGAUGCAUGCCAUUAACGGGUUUCUGUUCUCUAACUUGCCCAGGCUGGACAUGUGCAAGGGUGACACAGUGGCCUGGCACCUGGUUGGCCUGGGCACAGAGACUGAUGUGCAUGGGGUCACGUUCCAGGGCAACACUGUGCAGCUUCAGGGCAUGAGAAAGAGUGCAGCCAUGCUCUUUCCUCACACUUUUGUUAUGGCCAUCAUGCAGCCUGACAACCCUGGGACAUUUGAAAUUUACUGCCAGGCAGGCAGCCAUAGAGAAGCAGGAAUGAGGGCAAUCUAUAAUGUCUCCCAGUGUCCUGGCCACCAAGCCAACUCUCGUCAACAUUACCAAGCUGCAAGGAUCUACUACAUCAUGGCAGAAGAGAUGGAGUGGGACUAUUGCCCUGACAGGAGCUGGGAACUAGAAUGGCACAACCAGUCUGAGAAGGACAGUUAUGGUCACAUCUUCCUGAGCAACAAAGAUGGACUCCUGGGUUCCAGAUACAAGAAAGCUGUAUUCAGGGAAUACACUGAUGGUACAUUCAGGGUCCGACGGCCAAGGACUGGAUCAGAGGAACACUUGGGAAUCUUAGGUCCACUUAUCAGAGGAGAGGUUGGUGAUAUUCUAACUGUGGUAUUCAAGAACAAUGCCAGCCGGCCCUACUCUGUGCAUGCCCAUGGAGUGCUAGAAUCUAGCACCGGCUGGCCACUGGCUGCUGAGCCUGGUGAGGUUCUCACUUACCAGUGGAACAUCCCAGAGAGAUCUGGCCCUGGGCCCAAUGAUUCUACUUGUGUUUCCUGGAUCUAUUAUUCUGCAGUGGAUCCCAUCAAGGACAUGUACAGUGGCCUUGUGGGACCCUUGGCUAUCUGCCGAAAGGGCAUCCUAGAGCCCAAUGGAGGACGGCAUGACAUGGACCGAGAAUUUGCCUUGUUAUUCUUGAUUUUUGAUGAGAACCAGUCUUGGUAUCUGGAAGAGAAUGUGGAAACUUAUGGGCCCCAGGAUCCAGGCCAUGUUAACCUACAGGAUGAGACUUUCUUGGAGAGCAAUAAAAUGCAUGCCAUUAAUGGAAAACUCUAUGCCAACCUCAGGGGCCUUACCAUGUACCAAGGAGAACGAGUGGCUUGGUACAUGCUGGCCAUGGGACAAGAUAUUGACCUACACACUGUCCAUUUCCAUGCAGAGAGCUUUCUCUAUCGGAGUGGAGAGAGUUACCGGGCAGACGUGGUGGAUCUGUUCCCAGGGACCUUUGAGGUUGUGGAGAUGGUGACCAGCAACCCUGGGACAUGGCUGCUUCACUGUCAUGUUACAGACCAUGUCCAUGCUGGCAUGGAGACUGUCUUUAUGGUUUUGUCCCAAAGAGAACACUUAAGCACUACCACCAUCAUCUCUGAAGAGACUGGAAAAGCAAUUCCCAGAGACAUUGGAGAAAGCAAUGUGAGGAUGCUGGGCAUGCAGAUCCCUGUAAAGGAUAUCGAGAUACUGACUUCUGUCUUGAUUGCUAUGGGUGUCACUCUCCUGCUCAUUGCUCUGGCUCUUGGUGGUGUGGUGUGGUACCAGCAUCGGCAGAGAAAGCUACGGCGCAACAGGAGGUCCAUCCUGGAUGACAGCUUCAAGCUUCUGUCUCUCAAGCAAUAACAGCUGGAUCCUGGAACUGCACAUCUGGGACACACUCCCAGCAGGUCAUGGACUAGCAGCUGACCUCAUUGUCAUUGUCAAAGGGGAAUGGGUUUUAGAGAGGCAGAGGAGGGAAUCAAACUCAAAAGAGUAUUUCUUCACUAAUUUAUUUACAUGGAAAUGAUAUGCUUUCUUUUUCUUUAGUUUCUUUACUCCACUUGGGCACCUGGGGCUGAGUCCCCUAGUAUCUAAUAUCACAAAUUUCAACAGCUAUAUUAUAUCACCCACUGACACUUGGAAGGUCUGGAAAUUUCUAAAAACUGACUCCUCUCACAAAGUAGAUACCAAGAGUAAGGUUCACUGAUUAGGUUUCUACUGCUUUCCAGGACUUAGGCAAGUUCAGUUUGAACUGAGGCUAAGUGAGCUGUGAUGAUAAUCCAAAUCUAAACUAGGACUAAGAACAUAGUCUUGAUGGGGAAUGGGUGGGGUGGGAUUUUAAGAUCCAACUUGUAUUUUGAUUCUUCUUGGCAGUGGACUGUUUUGGUUAAGUGGGUAGAUGGAAUAUUGUUGUCAUGAGCAACUACAACCUUUGGAGGCAAAAGCUCCUCAGGAAGGCAGUACUCCAAGUUCUUGGUGCAUUUGCACUGAAGGGAAUGUUGAGUGUCCUCUCCAUGUUUUAGUCAGAAAAUCCUACACAUUAAAGUGCUUGUUAGAACAC